GCCCACAAGCACAGGCACAAACAUCAUCGACUCAUCUUUUCGUCAACGGCUGCCACGCCACCGACUCCAGUGCUGGUGGAGGCAUUGCCAGAGUCUACGCUGGUGAGCCACCCCCCUGUUCUUCCGCGUACGCCUGGACACUCCUUUAGACGCCGCUCAACCCCGCAAGCUCAUCCACCAGCCUUACGCAUCUCUUCAUUGCUAGCGGCAACUUGAGCUCUUACAAAGAAGUCAUGGCUGCUAACUCUGUUUUCUCGACCAUUUCUUCUUCUAUUCCCAGAAAUUCUAUGGCAAAGUCUAUCUUCAUCUCCUAUGCGCCAACCAAAUUGACGCCUAUUGUUCUUCGUCUCGCAAAAGGGUUCCCCUCUGUAUCUAUUUCUGACGCCACGAAACCCCUCCAAAAAUCAUUACGAGUGAGGUCAGUAGCUGCUCCUGAAGAAGCUGUAUCAGGUUUUGAUGAAAUGGUUUCUAGUACUCAGAGGAAGUAUUACAUGCUCGGAGGAAAAGGAGGUGUAGGAAAGACAAGUUGUGCAGCUUCGCUUGCUGUUAAAUUUGCUAAUAACGGGCAUCCCACUCUUGUGGUGUCUACUGAUCCAGCGCAUUCCCUGAGUGAUUCUUUUGCCCAGGAUUUGACCGGCGGAACAUUGGUUCCUGUGGAAGGACCUGAUUAUCCACUUUUUGCUCUUGAAAUAAACCCUGAGAAGGCCAGGGAAGAAUUCCGAAAUGCAACUCAAAAAAAUGGUGGAAGUGGUGUUAAAGACUUCAUGGACGGUAUGGGUCUUGGAAUGAUUGUAGAACAGUUGGGAGAACUUAAACUGGGAGAGUUAUUGGAUACACCUCCUCCUGGACUGGAUGAAGCGAUUGCUAUCUCCAAGGUGAUGCAAUUUCUUGAAUCACAGGAGUAUAGCAUGUUCACUCGAAUAGUAUUCGAUACUGCACCUACGGGUCAUACAUUACGACUGCUGUCCUUGCCUGAUUUCUUGGAUGCCUCCAUAGGGAAGAUAUUAAAGCUUAGACAAAAGAUAGCUUCUGCAACAUCAGCAAUCAAAUCUGUGUUUGGGCAAGAAGCAACUCAACAGGAUGCUGCUGACAAACUGGAGAAGCUUAGAGAGAGGAUGAUAAAAGUGCGUGAGCUCUUUCGGGACACUGAUUCAACAGAGUUUGUUAUUGUAACAAUUCCCACGGUGAUGGCGGUCAGUGAGUCAUCUAGAUUGAGUUCCUCCUUGAAGAAGGAAAGUGUCCCUGUGAAGAGGCUUAUUGUCAAUCAGGUUCUUCCACCAUCGGCAUCUGAUUGCAAAUUUUGUGCUAUGAAAAGAAAGGAUCAAAUGCGUGCUUUUGAUAUGAUCCAGAACGAUCCGGAACUCUCCAGUUUGGUUAUGAUCCAGGCCCCCCUAGUUGAUGUAGAAAUACGGGGUGUACCUGCUCUUAAAUUUCUGGGUGACAUAGUUUGGAAAUGAUGGCAACAGUUAUAGAAGUAAUGAUUUGGUGUUGGUUAUGAACGAAGCACGUGACAUCAAGGGUUUCCAGGUUUAUAUGGUGAAAAUACAGCAGCAUCAGUUGUUCGAAAUCCUAUACUGGCAUUCCAAAAGAGGCCACACCUUGCAAGCCUUACUAUUCAUGAGGGUUCUAGAGAGUAGAAAAUAUCUAUAGCCAUUUUCAUGACGAAAUAAUGAGUAGAUUCAACUUGACAUUUGAACUUGAUUUUUUUGGUUCUCCUUUUUUGAGGGAUUUUCUCAAGUGUAAGCUAUGCGUGUUGGG